AUGGCGACCAUAUUCCCCCGUCGGGCCAGCUUCGUAUGCCGCUCAUGCCAGAAGCUCUCUGCAGCGCAAUCUAAUAGACAACAAUUCAUCUCGCAAGUCGCUAGUCCUGCGAAGCAGGAACCUGUUGUUCUUUCCAAGCCGCGCAGUCGCAUAUCGGUGCCAUUAACAAGACGCACUGCUCCUCUGGCAGCAGAGUCGCCAGCAAACAGCAGCAGGUUCCCGUCAAGACGAACUUCGCCUGCCGACAUCCAUAAGACUUCGACUGAACUUUCCCCAAAGAGCCAUGAUCCUGCCCGCCAGCUCAAUGAAUUCCGCAAAUUUGUUGCACACAUACAGUCGAGCAAUGCCGCGGCCGACAAAGACGAUGUCCUUGAAGCCCUGAUGGAUAUGUACGAGUUCGGAGGUGCGCUGGUGCACGGGACAGGCAAGAUGCCGGAGGAGGCUGCGAGGACAACUACACAAGGCAAGGCAUUGGGAGACGCAUUGCUUCAAGAUCUGGCGGAGGACAGGUCGUCAAAACUGCAGAGUGUCGGUGUAGCGACCGACUCGAUAUCUGUCCCCGACAAACAAAUGUCCGUCUCCUUCCGCGAGGACGCGGCUAAACGUGUCUGCCAGCUCGCCUACGACCUCCUCCGUGACCCCAAAGUCUAUAUCACCGAAGACAUGCUCCAGAUAUACGUGCGCAUCCUAUGUCUGCUGGGGAGACCCGAAUACCUCCCCGAAAUCUUCCACCUCUACGCGACGAAGAAGAUCCCCGCGGCAGACAGCAAGCCCGUCAAAUACUCGAAUCCGUGGCCGAAACUGCCCAAGUACGCCAUCCCACUAGACCUCGCAGAAGCAGCUCUCGAGUCAGCCAUUCUUAAAAAGAACCUCCCACUGGCGCUGGCGAUAAUCGACACAACGGUAGGAGCGCCGGCAUUUCGCGCCAACAAGGCCCUCCGCCGCGGCAGUGUUCCGGGCCUGAUGGUCGCCGCGACGCCCUUGAUAGCAUACGCAGGCGCAGACUGGGUUUCGCACUGGCAAAACACAAUGGACGUCGAAAUGGCAAAGUACACGGCCAUCGCCGGCGCCGUGGCGUACAUCGGCACGCUGAGCACCAUUGGAUUCGUCGCCGUCACGACCUACAAUGAUCAGAUGCAGCGCGUGGUGUGGCGGCCCGGCACGCAUCUGAGCAGCCGAUGGCUGAGGGAGGACGAGAGACGGUUCUUCGACAGGUUGGCCCUCGCCUGGGGCUUUCAAGACAAGAGCCGCUGGGGCGAGGAGCACGGCGCCGAGUGGCAGAGGCUGAGGGACGAGUGUGGGCUGAGGGACAUGAUCCUCGACAAGACGGAUCUCAUGGAGGGCAUGAAGUGA